GCGCAUCCUGUCUACAUCCUCGCAUUCCUCUAACGCGAACGAGUCCCCCGUGUAAAACGGCGUUUUAUUCACAUUGCCGCCUGCUUACUGAACCCAAAUCGAUGUACAACGGAUAUUUAUCGCGUAUCCGAUUAUCCGGCCUACUUUAAUUCCCCGCAUAUCGACCGUGAGCCAAACUAGAGGGGAAACCAACCGGGAGAAAUUCCUCCGCGCAGCGCGCCAUUGACUGUAAAGACCUUUCAACUUAACAAAAACUGAAGUUGACAAACGUAUCCCUGUCGGCAGGAACUGUGAGAAAGAGUUCGUUUUUUUUUUUUACUCCGCGAAGCGAGGCACGGCAGAGGAAGACGAUGCGGCACACGGUGGAGGUUUCUGAGCACGUCGGAGGUUUUCUGUAAAUGAGCGAGUGGCUGUACCGCGGCGGUUUUUUGUUUUGUUUUGAUUUCCAUGUGAAAUGCAAUUAGUGCUCCGCGGUGCUCGCUAGUUUGGCUCGCGCAGCGGAGCCCACUCUGAACUUGUUCCUCGCCUCGGGAGCAACAACAUGGAGCACUACCAGGACGAUUUGGGACUCCGGGCCAGCAAACUGAUGGAGGACCUUUCCCUGUACGACGCGUACACAGACGGGAUGUACAACGCGAGGAGAGACCUGGUGAUUAACCCCGAUUUGGACUUUUCCGCUCCGGCGGUAGCGGAGCACCAGAGCAAGCCGGUGAACGGCACGUCUGCGCUCCACCAACAGCAUCACACCGUGGAGAAUUUCACGCCUGGGAAUAAAGUGUACAACGCGGCUCCGGUGCGCCCCGUGAACUGCAACCGGACCGUCCCCGUGGAUUACUGUGCCCCACAAAGAGACGCCGCGUACGCCGAGGAGGGCUGCUGCACCAAAUCCGAGGUGGCUCUGCCGUGCUACACGGGCGCCUCCGAGAGGCACAGGAGAUACUCGCUGGAGGUGCAGGGCCACAGGUACAGCACCGGCUCCGCCUUCGACGGCGUGCCUCUCAACAAGCCGGCGGCGCUGCCCGGCAACAGGUGCAACAGCGUCUGCAUCACCGGCAGCAGCCACCACGACGGGAGGUACAACGCCACCAGUCCCCGGUCCAGCUUGGCGUCGUCCCUGUCCUCGCAAGAGCAGAGCAAGCAUGCCAGCCCGAGGUCGAGCAUCAGCAGCCCGCGCGCCAGUCUGGUGGUACCGGGUCAGGACCGGUACUCGAGUCCCAGGUCUAGUUUGGUGCACUGCGAGGGCACCGGCGUCCUCAGCGCCAGAUCCAGCUAUGCAAGCACCGCCAGCGACACGAGCAAGCACUCCAGCCCCCGGGCCAGCCUCAACAGCUGCGACUGCUGCAGCAAGCCCAGCAGCAACCGCACCAGCGGCAUCAGCAUGGGCUACGACCAGAGGCACACCAGCCCCAGGUCGAGCACGGCCAGCCAGUACUCCUUCACCACCAGCCCGAGAUCCAGCUACUCCGAUUCUCGGUACGGGCCCGUGGUCAACCACGAUCUGGAGGGGGCGAUUCUACACGCAGCGCCGCUGGCGAGCCCGCGCUCGAGCAUCUGCAGCCAGGAUGGGAGCGCAAGACCGGGGACCGCCGCGAACUGCGUGGUGAGUCCGCGGUCCAGCAUCUCCAGCCACAGCUCCAGAAGUUCCCGCAGCUCCAGGGGGUCUAUGAGCACCUACCCGGAUCUGCAGCUGCCCUCGCCGAGGUCAUCAAUGCUGGGCAGCAGUUUACACGAGGACACGCUGCUGCAGGAGUUCGGGGACUCCAACGGGAUCCCGACUCGCAUCCACCUCCAGGGGCUCUCGGCGGUGCCAGAGCCCCAGCAGCAGUCUGCCCACGCGGGGGGGACCGUGGAGAUGGCCGCGGGGUUGCCAUCGUCAUUUAGUUACGGGGUGUGCUCAAAGACGGCUUCAUCAAGCCAGAGGUUUAAGAUCCCUUACCAGGUGACCCCCAGCCGAGAGAGUGGACCAAGCCAGGCGGAGAGGCGGCUGGAGGCACUCACCUUGGAGCUGGAAAAGGAGUUAGAGAUGCACAUGAAAAAGGAAUACUUUGGUAUCUGUGUCAAAUGUGGGAAAGGUGUGUAUGGAGCCAGCCAAGCCUGCCAGGCCAUGGGGAACCUGUAUCACACAAACUGCUUCACCUGCUGCUCCUGUGGACGGAGGCUGCGAGGGAAAGCCUUCUACAACGUCAACGGGAAGGUCUACUGUGAGGAGGAUUUCCUGUAUUCUGGUUUCCAGCAGACGGCCGAGAAGUGUUUCGUGUGUGGUCACCUCAUCAUGGAGAUGAUCCUCCAGGCGCUGGGCAAGUCCUACCAUCCUGGCUGUUUCCGCUGCGUGGUGUGUAAAGAGAGUCUAGAUGGAGUGCCUUUCACCGUGGACGUUGACAACAACAUCUACUGUGUCAAGGACUACCACACGGUGUUUGCUCCCAAGUGUGCCUCCUGCAACCAGCCCAUCCUCCCAGCCCAGGGCUCUGAGGAAACCAUCCGGGUCGUUUCUAUGGACAAGGACUACCAUGUGCAGUGUUACCACUGUGAGGACUGUGGCCUCCAGCUAAACGACGAAGAGGGCCACCGCUGUUAUCCACUCGAAGGCCACCUGCUCUGCCACGGCUGCCACAUCCACCGGCUCCAGUCGCAGGUCCCUGCCCACCUGCCCCCCAGCUACCCCCUCCAUGUCACGGAGCUGUGAGGGGGAGGAGGGCGGGCAGCAACCGUAGCCCUGCCUCCCAGGUGAUCCGAGACACCAGCAGCAGGGAAAUAAAAAAAAGUCCUGCACCCCCUCCAGCAGCUCCAGGGAAGUCUCUGUGCGCCCCCUGUCCUCAACUGGACGACCAGGCCGUGGACUGACGCACUCUGUGCAGCUCCCACCACAAGCCCUGCUGUCACAUGACGGGGCUGGGAGAAAGGGAAAAAAAGGGUUCCCCUUCCUUCUUCAUCUGCGGUCCUUUCCUCCCCCCUUCCCCUUGGGUGCCUAACCCUGAAAGCCAACGCCGCGGCUCUCCCAGAGGCCCCCACUGACGUCACGCGGCAUGACCCCAACGCAUUCAUCAAAGAGAGGGCGCUUUGGACUGGAGGAGAGGACGCAAACUCCCCUCUCUCUCUCUCUCUCUCUCUCUCUCUCUCUCUCUCUCUCUCUGUGCUUUUCACCCCCUUUCUUUUUUUAUUUCCAUGUUUUUCAUUCCUGCGCUCUGACUGAAGCGGAUCACCGCAGUGAAUUCUGCAGUGCUGUCACGACAGAGAGCUCCUUUGAUGUCGGCGUCAUGAGGCCGGGGAGCGAGCGACUACAUUCCCAGUGCUGGCUGGACGGGACAGACCCCAGGGCGGGCACGCUGUGUCUUCAGAGCGGGCUCUCUCUCUCCGUGCAACUUCUAACACAGAAUUGGAGUCCUGCUAAAGGCUAUGCAAAGGGCACCCAGCAUCACGAGACAGGGCCGUGAGAAAGAAAUAAACUGUUAGCUCAUCGCUCGUCACCCUGCAGCACCCCGAAAUAACAGAUGCACCGUAGCACCACAAGAAAUAACCGACUGACAUUCCACUUAGAAGUCUUAGACAAGACCUCAAGAGAUUCACAAGCAGUGUCUUAAUUAAUGAUUAUAUUAUGACGGAAAAAAGAAAAUUGUAGAUGCACAUAGAAUGUCUUUUUAUAUAUGAAUAUAUAUUUUGCAACCGUUUUCCACAUAAGAUCAUAGAUGUAGAUUCUCUCUCUUUUUUCUUUUUUUUUCAUUGCUGCACCUGCGAUGGAAAUUAGAGGUGAAACGCAGUCGGAAGCCUCCUGAAGAUUUUGUGUCUGUGUCAUUUCUCCUCCAGGACACGGAGCCUCUUCGUGUGUCUCUCACUGGGUCACAGAUCCACUGGCUUUGUAGGAUCAAACAGUAUCCGCCUUCAAUUAUUAAUUUCCACUUUGAGUACCAAAUGACCUAAAGUAAAAGUACCCAAAUCAAGUUUUUGGCAACACAUUUAUCCCUUUUUAAACUUUGCAUAUGCCCCUUUUUUUCUGACAACUGUAAACGGCUGUAACACACACACUAACAGUCAGACAUUUCUGCAUACCUUAACUUCACGUUAAACAUUGCAUUGAUUGUGUGUAAUUCCAUGUAUUCUUCUACCUAAUUCCCAGAAAAUGUGACAAUGCAUUUGUGGACCCUUUUUAGACUUUUCAGACCUUCUGUCGAGGGUGGCGGUACUUUGACAAAUUGUCACACAGAGCUCGAGGAUUAAGAUUUAAACCUAAUCCUAAAAUCUGAGCGUUUAGCUAGAAAUGGGUCUUUAAAUGCUGAGAUUUAGGCCUUGUGGUUCAACACUCGGCGGCCGGCAUAGAAACUAAAUCUCAGCUCAGGACAGAAAAAAACACAAACUAUGAAAAGCCAUUUAGGAACUUUGAUUGGAAAGGACGUGGCCAAACUGUAUGUUAAAAAUAUAAUAUAAGGACAAAAGUUAAAACGUGUUUUCUGACAUUGUCUGCAUGCAUCUGGUACUCGAAGAGGAAUACAACUCAUUGAAUGGUUUAUUUGCAAAAUUACUUUUGCCCGACACUGUUUCCUGGAAAGUUUUCCAGACAGUGUUCAUUGGUUUAUGAGCAUUGAGAACACAGUGCGUUACUACAAGGAUGCCUCAAGACGGAACGUGUGUGUGUGUGUGUGUGUGUGUGUGUGUGUGUGUGUGUGUGUGUGUGUGUGUGUGUGUGUAUGCGUGUGUGUGUGUGUGUGUGUGGGGCUCCGGUUUAAACGCCAGGCAGUCUGCUGUCGUGUUGUGGGAGGACGUCCCUGAAAACCCGGAGCUGCUGGUCCCACCCGCCUUUUUCCGGGACUCCGCCCCAUGUUUCCCUUGCUGGUUGUUUGUGUGUGUGUGUGUGUGUGCGUGCCUGUGUGUGUAAACCAAAAACACUGAGCUAAGGUAGUGCAGGAAAAAAUAGUCCCACCCGCCUCACUUUGUUACCGUCAUCGAGUUGUUGUUUUUUUUGGGGGGGGGGAUUGAGGAAACUGUGCGAUACUAUUGCACUGAGCAAAAGGUAGAUAAUCCCCAAUUAUGUGUGCGGAUUUCAAAUAUCAGCAUUGUGUGAAUCUGUGUGUGUGUGUGUGUGUGUGUGCGCGCGUGCUAGUGGCAGGGCCAUGGCACACGCACAUCACUGUUUGCAGGGCAGCGCCGCCACCACCACAAAGACCUGCUCCCUCUCUGUUAGUGAUGUUAUACCUCCCUCCAGAUGUUUGAGUCUAAUUCUUGGUGUUUGUUUGAGCAUCUGUCCAGCGCCGUGUCGCCGUUGUGUUCCAGUGGCUGGUAUGUCAUCCCUCUGACGUUUAGCAAUCUCCACCCGUCUGGUUCUCACACUAGAAUAAAACAACCGCCAAGCAUUAUGUGCCAACACUGGUCGCUAAAUCAUACUGCAUUACUGUACAAGCAGGUCUGAAUAAAUACUACUGAAUGUGUCAAAGACAGAGACUGAAGGCAGCGGUCCCCACGAGCAGAAAGUGCUUUCUAAUGUAACCUGAUGUAAUGAGAUUCAUUCAAUGUAAUAAUGAUUAGUGUUGUAUAUUUGUAAAAGCAGAAAUGAAAAGGACUGCGUAUGUGAGACAUUCCCAGUGUCAUUUGAUGAACCUCAAUUUUGUUUGAUGGUUCUGGUCAAGUAGUGUGUGCUAUACUUUAAGAAUGAGGCUUUUUCUGUUUGUUUUCCCUCGUCUGCACAUUAUCAGCCCCCAAGAAAUCCGAGUGUAUCCCCUUUUAAAGAGAAUUAAUUCACCCUUUUAAAAAGUACUACUUGAGUUUCUAUUGCAUAGCACACAUCUAGUUACCCCUGUACAUAAAGAGGCUAGUUUUGUAUUUUAUUUUUCUGUCAAACAAAGUCACUUGGAAAGAGAAGCCUCCUUCUUCUCUUACUGGUAGUUCCAACAAGCACAUCUGUCACACAUCUUUUGUAUCUCUAAGUGUUUUUGAUUACCUAGAUGGUUCAUAAAAAAAGGAAACUAGAUCUAUUUAUCUAAACAUGGAAAAAAGUCUAAAGUUAUUUAAUGUAUUAAAAAUCGGGACGUAUCAUUUAACUGUAGAUGACAUAAUCUGCUUUUUCAAUAAAGUGGUUUUGUAGCUAACUGCAAAA